AUGUUAUUUGGAACUGGCCCAAGUUUACAUAAAUAUAACAAUCUACUCAAUGGUAAUAAUGACGAUAUAAUUAACGAGAACACUUUGAAUAAUAUAAUAAAUUUAAACGAAUACAUACAGCAGUCCAUUUUACAAUUGAAUUAUGACAGUGCAGAAUUUCUAUCAGAGUUAUUAUUUGCAGAAUGUAAAAAAUUAAAUGACAGAACUAUCUAUAAAAUUGAAGCAAUUUAUCUUUAUUCUUUAUCACUUUAUUUGAAUGAAAAUAUACAUACUGCAUUUGAUAUUUCUAAAAACUAUAAACAUUUAAAUAUUGGUAUUGCAUAUGUUUAUGCUUUGUGUUCGAAUAAAUUAAAUAAUAAAAAUAUCAAUGAUUCAAUUAGAAUAUUGUUAGAUUUUAAAGAAAAAAUAAAUUCAAAUAACUCAACAACAACAACUUUACCAGCAUCCAAUUUGAUACAUUUCCCAAAUACUGCAACAAUAGAUUGUCUAUUAGGAAAAUUAUUUAAAAAAAAUGAUAAUCUAAAAGAAAGUGCAGUUUAUUUUACAGAAGCGUUAAAUAAGAACCCGUAUUUAUGGGAAGCUUAUGUAGAAUUAUCAAAUUCAAGGGCAACCCUUGAUUUACAAAAAUUAUACUCAGUUUUAAUUAAACAUUCUCAAGCAAAUCAACAACAACAACAGUAUAAUUCAUCAAAUAUAUUGCAUCAUACGCAUCAUCCAAAUAGAAAUAGAUUUAAUUCAGUGGUGAAACCAUAUUCAACACCAUUCAAAUCUAAUAGGAAUAACAACUAUAUAAUAAAUUCUUCAUUAAAGAUAAAUGAUCAUCCAAAACAAAGUUUGUUGGGUUCAAAUAAAAAAACUAUAACAUCAGGAUCAAUACUAAAUAAAACUAAUGUAAUGGCAUCCACAACUUCCAGUAAUAGCAAUAACAACAACAGCAACAAUAAUACUACGUCUGAAAGGCAAAGUAGUCAUUUUAAGGUUUUAAAUAAAAAUAAAUUCUUCUCAAGUUCUCCAAGUAAAAAAGUCCUCAAUGAUACUUCAACAUUAAAGACACCCAAGGGCAAGACAACAAGUACUCAACAUAGCAACAUUUCAAACUCAAAUUCAAAAAAUAAUGCUGGCAUUUUAAAUAAAGAUCAAGCCAGCACUACAAACUCAUUUGCAUCAUCAGAUUCACCAAACUCAUCUCUUUUAUUGUCUUCAACCAAAAAUAAUAGAAGUGGUCAAAAUUCCCAACAACAACAACCUUUAUCAAUAAGCUUGGUCGAAAUUAUGUAUUCUUUCGCAAAAAUAAUGAAAACGUCAUCAUUAUAUGAUUCCUAUAAAGCCAUCCGGUUACUAAACAAUGAUAUACCACAGCAUAUUAGGGAAAAUAUGCCUUGGUGCCAAGCUCAACUAGGUAAAUUACAUUACGAGUUGGUCAAUUACGAGGUCUCCUUACAAUAUUUUCUGAAUCUAAAGACUCUGCAACCAUCAAGAGUAAAGGACUUAGAAAUAUAUUCAACUUUGCUAUGGCAUUUAAAUGAUAAGUCAAAACUAAGUAUACUAUCAAGUGAGUUAAUUACUAGUAACCCAAGGAUACCGGAGACUUGGUGUUGUUUAGGUAAUUUCUUAUCUUUACAAAAAAACCAUCAUGAAGCAAUUAAAGCCUUUGAGAAGGCUACACAGGUAGAUCCUAAAUUUGCAUAUGCAUACACACUACAAGGUCAUGAAUAUACUUCGAGCGAUUCAUUCGAUGUUGCCAAACGUUGCUAUAGAAAAGCUAUUGCAUGUGAUCCAGGUCAUUAUAAUGCAUAUUAUGGUCUUGGUAUGGUUUCGAUGAAGCUAGGCCAAUACGAAGAAGCUCUCUUAUUCUUUGAAAAAGCUCGUUCAAUUAACCCUAUUAAUGUUGUGUUAGUAUGCUGCGGUGGUGUAGCACUAGAAAAGUUAAGCUACCAAGAGAAAGCGCUCCAAUAUUAUGAACUGGCUUGUGAACUACAACCAUCCUCUUCUCUUGCAACAUUCAAGAGAGCCCAUUUAUUGUAUUCCAUGGGAAGAUACACUUUAGCAUUGAAAUUUUUUGAAGAAUUGAAACAUGUUGCUCCGGAUGAAGCAACAGUUCAUUUCUUAUUAGGACAAAUAUAUUCGAUAUUAGGAAGAAAAAAGGAUGCAAUUAAGGAAUAUACUAUUGCAUUAAACUUGGACCCAAAAGGAAGACAAUUAAUAAUGGAAGCCUUGGAGAAAUGUCACACAUUGGAUUAA